AUGGAAAACGCAAGCGACAUGGAGAGCACUGGAAACCCAGCGUCCGACGCCUUGACAGCCGCACAUGCGGCAGCCAUCCCAAGCCAGACUUCUCAUCUGCACGCAUCAUUCUACUCUGAAUACUUGGUGCAACUAUCCAGGAGUGGUGGGAGCGAAGAUUUGGUUGAGCUUCUCUUGCUGCGCUUUGUCAGAUCUGGAGAUUUUAUUGCAGGCAUGCUUCAUGAGGAUGUUCUUGUAAAAAAGUGGGUAGCACUCAGAUCUCAACCCUACCAGGCAACAUUCGAAUCUAUGGCCCUCAUCUAUGGUUGCAUAACCGUGGCCUUGAUCCACUGCGACUUCCUCCAAGAAACAGGACCGGGAGGUGUCGAGCCGAGCAGAGACAACAUUCAGAGCUCCCUGAAUCAUUGCCGGGAAUGCCUACACCACUCCAUUUCGGACACCCCUGGCGAUGAUAAGGUGGAAGCAAAGAUCUUGUAUUGUGCGGCAAUACUCUACUACGAGCAUAACCUGGGCAGAGCCUUUGCCGCACUCGGCGAGGCUUCAGCCUUAGCCGAAGCCUCAGGCUACCGAGAUAGCCCAUAUCCCAACACAUAUGCUGGCCAAAUGCGAGCAAGAGCCUGUGGCGUCCUGGACGUCUUGCAUUAUUAUGCAGCUUUCUAUCUCGGUAGAAGCCAGACCCCGUCUCUGCAUUCAUUCCAAGGAUCCACGGCUAUUCUCAACAUUAACAAUAGUCACUCCACUGAGUCAACGCUGUCACUCUAUUCCCCGCAGCCACUUGAGCAGUGGACACCAGCGCUUCCAAUCAUUCUCCUCUGCCGAUUAGCCAGAAUAUCUACCACUGUUGGGCUAGGGAUCUUUAAAGGUGCAUCUGUAACACGGCAACUUCUCAUGGACUUUGAAGCCCAGAUCGAGGAUGUGUACCAGAAGAUUCCGGAGACGAUCGUCGGCGAUCAACUCAAAGCCACGUCCGUAUCUAUGAUGGCGCGCAUAGUAUACUCUGGCGCGAUACUGGUCCUGUACAGGAGGUGCAUUUUAGCCGCCGCCGACAUCGUAUAUAUCCAAGGCAAAUUUGUAGAAAACCUGCAAAGCGAAAAUCGAUGGGCUCUGAGCCCGCUUGUUUCAUACGAUUUCCUUUUGGCUACGACGGUGCUCUGCUUGGAGUUUUCGUUUCUGCUCAGCAGUCCCAGCAUCGUCGAAGAUGGUGAUCGGGCUAGACUUGUGGUAAUAGAGCCGGCAGCCCUCGAAGAGCGGCUUAGGAUCUGUCAGGCCUUUUGGGAUCUUCGGGGUUCGAGCCAGAUACCGACGGCAGCCACUCGGGUUCUUACAUGGGUGAACGGACUUCUGAUGAAGUAUGGAUAUGCAAAACUUGGCCUUCUCUGUGUCACGCCAGAAAAUACCGAUAUUUUUUCGAUGGACGCAUUGUGGUCGAUUGACAAUGCACGGAUGGACCCCAGCGAGGUUUCUGCCGUAUCUUCGGACAAUCAGGAUUUUCACAAUGUUUUCGGGUCUUGGACAUGUUAG